CAUCGGGAGCGCACUCAAGUUGUAGCAGUCUGCUAGGUCUCAUCUCCAGUCAACCAGGGCAGAGAGCCUGUCCAUCGUGUGGCGGACACGGUAAGUGUACCGUUGUGUACACACAAAACGCCCAGAAAGUGAGUGAAAAGGACACUAGGACUGUCCUGACAUUGGCGCUGGAUUUUGUGAGAGUUUUCUGACCAAAAACCUGAGUCUCCUGCGCCGUAUCCGCAGCAUUAGGCCUCAUGGAGCUGGGGACUCAACGGCUGCUGUACACCAGGGAACUUGAUCCAUGCCCGGUUCCCGGCAACCUACCAUAAAGAGUGGGAACCUUGAUUGCCCCUAGUUUGUUUUCUGUGGUGAAAUCGUACCCCGUGGCCUGCAAAAUGAUUGGCAAGCUGAAACAGAACUUAUUGGUGGCGUGUCUGGUCAUCAGCUCGGUCACGGUCUUCUACCUGGGCCGCCACGCCAUGGAGUGCCACCAACGCAUCGAAGAGCAUGGCCAGUUGGGUGCCAUCCUGCCUCUGUCUGCCCUGGGGGGCAGCAUGCGGACCACCCUACGGACCGGCCAGAAUCUUAGCAUGCCUUUUGUUUACAACAAAGACAUGCCACUCAUCUUCAUUGGGGGUGUCCCCCGCAGUGGGACCACGCUAAUGCGAGCCAUGUUGGAUGCCCACCCGGAGGUGCGCUGUGGCGAAGAGACCCGCGUCAUCCCUCGUAUUCUGGCCAUGAAGCAGAUGUGGAGCCGCUCGGGCCGAGAGAAGAUGCGCUUGGACGAGGCAGGCGUAACCGAUGAGGUGCUGGACGCUGCCAUGCAGGCCUUCCUGCUGGAAAUCAUUGUCAAACACGGAGAGCCCGCCAACUUUCUCUGUAACAAGGACCCUUUUGCUUUGAAGUCGCUGUCCUACCUGGCCAAAAUCUUUCCACGUGCCAAGUUUUUGCUCAUGAUUCGCGACGGCCGGGCUUCUGUCCACUCCAUGAUCUCGAGGAAGGUAACAAUCGCUGGAUUUGACCUGGGCAGCUACCGCGACUGCCUGACCAAAUGGAAUCGGGCGAUAGAGACCAUGUACACUCAGUGCCUGGAGGCAGCUGACAAAUGCCUACCUGUGCACUACGAACAGUUGGUCCUUCAUCCUGAGAAAUGGAUGAAGACGCUGCUGAAAUUCCUUGACGUUCCGUGGAAUGAUGCAGUCCUCCGCCACGAGGAGCUCAUUGGGAAAGCUGGAGGAGUGUCCCUCUCCAAGGUGGAGAGGUCCACAGACCAGGUCAUCAAGCCAGUCAAUGUAGAGGCAUUGUCCAAGUGGGUGGGAAAGAUCCCAGCUGAUGUAGUGAGAGACAUGGCUGUCAUCGCCCCCAUGCUGUCCAGACUGGGCUACGACCCACAUGCCAACCCCCCAAACUAUGGCCGGCCUGACCCCAAAGUCCUGGACAACACCAGAAGGGUCUUUAAAGGUGAAUUUCAGCUACCAGAUUUCCUAAAAGAACAAUCACAGGUACAGUUACAGUAACAUUUCUGCCUGUUGUUGCGCGUUUUUUUUUAACUGCCUAAUUUGAGUUCAACCAUCUGCAGCUCAGUCGAAAUCUUGACAGAUUUCCCUCCGCUCCCAUUUACACAUCUCCUUGUUUUUAAAUUAAUUUCAUUACCAUCAAAUACAGCUUUUUGUUUUCUGGUCCCCAGUUUCUGGGUGUUUUGGGUCUUGGUUAAUUGUUCGUUAGUCUUUGUGUUGGCCUGUUGUUUCUUGUUUUAAAUGGCUUUUAAUGGCUUAAGAACACUUGCGCCCUCCGCUGGUAGUUAGAUGAAGCUGCAUCUACUUUCUGUUUGCUGAUAAUGACUUUGUAUCAACGCAAUCAUCCUUUUGUCCAUUGAAUGAGGUUGGAAAUACAAUAAUUGAGUGACUGUGGGUAUGUUCUUAUGGUUUUAAGUAGCGCAUUCUGGCAUUUCCUCUCUUUUACAUCUUGAGAGCACACACUAACGUCUGUAUGUGGUUUGCCUCUCGUUCCUUCUUACAGAUUCAGAAGUCUGCAGAGAAGCCCAAACCCAGUUAGGAGCAACAGGGAGGCCGUCACCUCAACACAUAGG